UCAGACAAAAUUCGGCUACUACUGGUAAUGUACUAAUUCUUCGUAGAGUGGAAAUGAACACAGCGCCCGCGCCGGCGUCGGCUACUGGAAUCCCAUCAGUGCUUCCUAGUGCUCCUGUGGAAUAUCCUUGUCUCCCCAUAUCAUCCUACAAUUGCUCCAACUUGACUGGCGAUCGGGAAGAUAAUGACACGAAGAAGCUCAAACCUUCCACCUAUAAGUGGCGCCUGGUUAUAGCCUACGACGGUACCCGAUUUUCAGGAUGGCAAUAUCAACAGUCAACACCAACUGUGCAGUGUAUUGUUGAAGAAGCCUUAACUCGAAUAACAAAAUUAGAACGAAAAGAUCUUCUUUUAGUUGGUGCUGGUAGAACGGAUGCAGGAGUUCAUGCCUGGGGUCAGGUUGCGCAUUUCAUCACGCCUUUCAACUAUGACAACCUGAAAGGUGUGCACAAAGCUUUAAAUGGUCUUCUUCCUUCUGAUAUCAGAGUUAGAGAAAUCAGCUCUACGGUGCCAGAAUUUCAUGCCCGUUUUUCUGUCAAAAGCAAGAUUUAUCAUUACAAGAUCUACAAUGAUACCAUCAUGGACCCGUUUCACAGGAAUUAUGCUUACCAUAGUAUCUAUAAACUCAAUGUUGCUACCAUGAGGGACGCUGCUAGGCAUUUUGUGGGAAAGCAUGACUUCUCUGCUUUUGCUAAUACAUCACGCAAUGACCGGGUUCCAAAUCCAGUGAAGAAUAUCUUUCACUUUAAUGUAAACGAAAUGGGACCUCUAGUGCAACUUGAAGUGGAAGGAUCUGGUUUUCUAUAUAGACAAGUUAGAAACAUGGUUGCUUUAUUGCUUCAAGUUGGGAGAGAAGCAGUACCCCCCGAUAUAGUCCCCAGGAUUUUGGGAUCUCGAGAUCGUAAGGAACUCGCCAAGUACUCAUUGUCAGUUCCACCACACGGUCUGUGCCUUUUGGUUGUCAAGUAUAAUGAAGAGCAUCUCGGGCUUCCACCAGGUGGUCCUGAAACUAGUUUUGGUCGGAAUCACAGCAUAAGCAAAUGCAAGCUGCCGUCUUUCUAACUGUUGCAUGUACAGUAGGGAGAUAAUAAAUGCGCAGAAUAUGUCUCCGAACCAAUGUUAGGAUAUGAGUUGUUGAGAUGGCUAAUCUGCUGUUAGCUUUGAAGACGAGCACCAUGAAACUUCCAGAAAAUGCUCAGUGGCCAACAUUCGCCGUCAGUGAGUACCUUAACUGAUAUGUAGUUUUGAAAAUUCAGUGGCAAAUUAUUCUUUGAAAUUCAAAUUCUGAUGCAUUCAAGCUCUCUUCCUUCUCUUUCCUGCAUGAACCUCUCACAUGUACUUUGAAUGGACCCCAUAUGUGUGUUUCUUGGGAUGACUGAACUCGAUUGCUGGAAAAGGAGAACCCAAGCUACCUCGUUGCGUCUAUUCUAUAAAUGUACUAAGCUGUUCUGUUGACAUUAUAAUUCCUUCAAGAAUUUGCCUUUCCCCCCUUAAUUAUGUACAAGAACUGUUUUCAGUCAAAAUCGAGCUUUUGGAGCUACACACUAACUUCAUCCA